CUAAUGAUAUCAUCCUCCGUAACCUCAUUGCUACGUAUAAAGUAAUGGGGUUCGCCUCCUUAAUUUCCUUUCUGAAAUCUUUAAAUUGUUAGAGAAUAUGUUGGCAAGAACGGCUCGGCGCCAAUUCCGACCGGAGAACUUGGCGAGCUUAACGCGCUCUUUCUCUAGUACGGCGCCUGCUAGAGCGGAUUUCACUCAUGUGGUAAUAGGCGGCGGCGUAGUCGGUCUCGCCAUAUCCCGCGCCCUCUCCCAACGCACCAGCUCCACGCUCCUUCUAGAGCGGCACACACAAAUCGGGACCGAGACAUCAUCGCGGAACAGCGAAGUCAUACACGCGGGCCUGUACUACGGAUCCGAUUCUCUCAAAACCCGUCUUUGUAUAUCUGGACGCCAGGCUUUAUACAAAUUCUGUGAAGAAUAUAAAGUUCCUUAUGCUAAGGUGGGGAAAUGGGUGGUUGCGCAGGAUGAUGCGCAGAGGGAGACGCUGGAGCGUAUUCAUAGGACUUGUAAGGAUGAGAUUGGGGUGCCGACGAGGUGGGUUGGGAAGGAAGAAGCUAGACGGGAGGAACCUUGUGUUACGGCGGAUUCGGGUGUGCUUGAGAGCCCCGAGACCGGGAUUGUGGAUUCACAUUCGUUGAUGGCGACGCUGCAUGGUCAUUUUGAGGAGGAGGGUGGGUUCGCGGUGUUGAAUUCUACGGUUGUGGGGAUCGAGCCUUUGAAUUCGACAUCUGGAAGUCUGCCUGGAAGUGGGGGUUGGCGUUUACGAGUACUCGAUGCGCAGACGAAUACGGAAUCUGAUAUUACGACGGAGACGAUAAUUAACAGUGCGGGUCUUGGUGCUGCGGAGGUGCAUAAUAUGAUUGUCCCACCGGAGAGACGGACUAAGCUAUACUAUGCUAAGGGGAAUUACUUCAGUUAUGCCUCGUCUAAACCUAAGGUGCGACGACUUAUAUACCCCGUUGCAGCCCCGGGUGCUGGUGGUCUAGGCACACAUCUCACGCUCGAUCUAUCGGGACGGAUGCGUUUCGGGCCGGACGUUGAGUGGGUGGACUCCCCGGACCAACUAUCUAUCAAUGCAUCCCGUCUUCCUGAUGCAAUCACCGAAAUUAAGAAAUACCUACCAGAAAUUGACACCACGGCUUUAGCCCCGGAUUACGCCGGGAUACGGCCAAAGUUACGGCCCGCAAGUGCGAGAGGAUUCGUAGAUUUUUAUAUAAGGAAAGAAGACGGAUACGAGGGAUGGGUGAACUUGUUAGGCAUUGAAAGCCCCGGGUUGACGAGUAGUUUGGCUAUUGGUGAUUUGGUAAGGGAUAUAUUUUAUGCGAGUGGGAAGGUAGAAGGCUCGCCUCCUUUACAAUAGGACUGGUAGCAUGGUGAGAUUAAUGGGUUAUGAUUUGGUAGAUGGCUUGAUAUCCACAAAUGUAACUACAUGUUAUUUCUUAAUCUGGCUAAUGAUACUAUGUAACGAAUAGCGAAGUAGCGAUUUGGAUACUGGGUAUAGAAUAUAUCACUGCAUAUGAAACCAU